CCCGGGAGGAGGGGAAAACGGGGGCUGUGGAGGAGGGGAGGUCGAGUGAAAAGCAGGUCCUGCCAUCCGGAAACCCGCUUCACACGCCGACACUUCCCUGCGGCUCCAUCCCGGUUGCAUCAUGUCCGAGUCCGAGUCAAGCGACAGCUACGAGGAGUGCCGCGCCACGGCGGACUGGCUGCUGGACAACACGCAAGUGCGCCCCCAGGUGGGGAUCGUCUGUGGCUCGGGCCUCGGGGGUCUGGCUCAGAUGCUCGAGGACCCGCAGGUCUUUGAAUACUCCGACAUUCCCAACUUCCCUCAGAGCACAGUGCACGGCCACGCCGGCCGCCUGGUGUUCGGGACGCUGCAGGGGAAACCCUGCGUGUGCAUGCAGGGCAGGUUCCACCUGUAUGAAGGCUACCCGGUGCAGAAGAUCACGCUGCCCAUGAGGGUCUUCAAGCUGAUGGGGGUCAAGACGGUCUUCCUCACCAACGCUGCCGGAGGCCUCAACCAGGACUACAAGGUCGGAGACGUGAUGAUCAUCAAGGACCACAUCAACAUGCCAGGCUUCGCCGGCGUCAACCCGCUGGCCGGACCCAACGAUGACCGGUUCGGGGUUCGAUUCCCGUGCAUGUCGGACGCGUACGACCGCGAGCUGCGGCAGCUGGCUCUAGACGUCGGCGCGGAGCUGGGCUUUGGUCCGUUCCUGAAGGAGGGCGUGUACUGUGUCCUGGGGGGGCCGUCCUUCGAGACCAUCGCCGAGUGUCGCAUGAUGCACAUCCUCGGCGCCGACGCUGUUGGCAUGAGCACGUCUCACGAGGUCAUCGUCGCCCGCCACGCCGGGAUGCGCUGCUUCGCCAUGUCGCUCAUCUCCAACCGAGCCGUGAUGGACUACGACAGCCGCGAGAAGGCGAACCACGAGGAGGUUCUGGAGACCGGCCGGCUCAGGGCCGAGCAGCUGGAGCGGCUGGUGUCCACCAUGAUCGGGCGACUGGAACACAACAGCUCCUGAGUCAAACAGCGCCCCCUUCAGGGCCACCUGGUUUCUACUUUUAAGAAAUUUUAAUUGCUAACUUAUAGAUUAUUUAUUGCUCGUCUACAUUCCAAGAUCCUCAGACGACCAGCGCAUCGGGCCGUCGUCACCAAGUCUGGAUUUAUUUAUACGAUCGUGUCACACUGAGAAGCUUGGCCUCAAAUAAAGAA